CGUUUAUGAACGCCAUGGCGGCUCAUGCUAGCGAGCUUGAGAUUGCGAAGAAGAAUUUAACGGAUGCAAUUGGAGAUAAUGUCAAACCUUACUGGACAAACCUGAAGCUGUGGUUCAAACAGAAGAUCAGUAAGGAAGAGUUUGACAUUGAGGCCCGUCGUCUGUUGGCACAGGAGAAUGUUCAUGUUCACAAUGAUUUCCUCCUGGCCAUUCUCACACGGUGCCAGAUCAUCGUCUCCACACCAGAGGGUGCAGGGCCAUUGCAGUGGCAAGGUGGCUGUGCUUCAAAGCCGGGGAAACCAAAAGGCAAUAAGAAAUGUUCCUCUAGACAAAAAUUUGAUCAUCGUUUCCAGCCUCAGAACCCUCUGAGCGCCGCCCAGCCAUUCAGCCCACGAGAGACGGGAAGUGAGGAGGAAGAGCUGCGUCUCAGCGCCCACACUCUACUGCUGCCCACACGGGGCCAGCUGGAGGCUCGUAUGAUGGUGACUGCCUUUGAGCUGGGCUUGGAUAACAUCACAGAAGAUGCCAUCAACACCAUGAUCUAUGCUGUGGAGCACCAUUUGAAAGACGUCCUGACUGCUGUAAUCACCCGGAGAAAGGCGUAUCGAUUACGGGAUGGCCGUUUCCCCUACGCCUUUGGCAGUGAUGUCACGCCUCAGCCUUAUCUGAAAAACAGUCUUGCUGCUUACCACAGCGUCACUGAAUGUCCCCCACCAAGUGCUUCCCUCCCUGCGGGCCCACCACCGCAGGUGUCACCCGAUGAGGCUGAGCAACAAGCUGUUCAUUUGCUGGCUUGCUCUGCUGACAGUCUUCCUGCUCCACUCCCUCCAAUCAGCAUGUUUGAUCUCCUCGAGGCUUUACAGGUUCACCACGGUGUGAUGCCGUCUCACACCAUGUAUGCCCUCAACAUGGAACGCAUCCUGUCACGGCUUUGGCACCCCAGCCACGAAGAGCUAGAGCAGGACCACAUCCACCGGCAGCGUAUAGCUGCUAAAGAGGGCAUGCUUGUCAGCUGAGAGCCACCAGCCACAGGACUGUGUGUGGACUGUGGGUGUUAUCGGGAACCAAACACAAGAACAGCCCCCAUAUAGAUAUGUUGGAAACUCUGUGUUUAGGAACUGAAGGCUGUUUAAGACCUGGAAAAAUUGUAAUUGUGUUGCACAGAAAGAUGGAGGAUGAGUGAAGAUGAAAAGAAGCUGUUGUCGAGACCAGAGCAGCCAGUCAGCUCCAGUGACCAGCUCCACCAGCUGUUUUCACUGGCAGAAAACCAUCAUUUAGUUUUAAUUUAAAAAAAAAUAAAUAUAUAUUGUGUUUAAUUUUAGGUACACUGUGUGGCAGUCCAGCCCAGGAUGCAAUUGUAGAGUUUGUGCAUAAGAUGCCUUAAUAGACUAAACCAUGACUGAGUUGCCUCGAAUUUAUCUUUGUUCACAUUGUCAGAUAUGCAUCAGAACACCCUGUAAGGAUGCAGAAAAGCUAAUGUCUAUUCCUUUAGUAUUGUGUAAAUAACAGGUUCACAACAUGACAUACAAGAUUACAAGUAUUUAAAUGGUCAUAAAAGUCCAGGACAGAACGUGCAGGUGUAUUUAUUUAAUGGCUGAUUAGAUCUUGUCAGGCUGCAGUUGAGGGAAGCUGUGAGGACCUUUAUCUAAACCAGUAUACGAAGCCAUAUGUUAAAGAUGGAAAUGGUACUGCCAUAACGGGUAAGUCUAGGGUGUGUCAGGCAGUGAGUAAAAACACCUGUGUAGGUUUACAGUAGGUCUGUAGGGUUUUUAAACUCUGCCAGUCAGCUGCUUCCUGGUCUCCUCAUGAACAGAUGUCCAAUCAGUUGCCAGCUUUUGGUGUCACUGGUGGGCUGUAGUGCUUGUACAAAGUUUUUUUUUUUUUUUUUU